UUUUACUUGAUUGAUGAAGUUAGAACAAGUCAGUGCUGUCCAGCCUGUGAACGUAGAAGUCUUGAAACGUUUCGGAUGGUCGAUAACCCGCGCCCUCAUAGACGAAGGGCAAAUUCUCUUUUUUUUUGUUCCUGUGACAGAUGUACAAAUCAAAAUUGUAGGGCCAUGAACAAUAACACAAAUAGGAUUGUUCCUCGUCUAUGGAAUCGUGAUAUGGCUGCUUACUUGAACAUGGUUGAUAUUGCUCGUUCACUUCGUGCUGGAAAUGGCCUUCCUCCAAGAUUUUGA